GCGCCGCGGGGCUGUUGUGGUGCGGGAGCGGCGCGGGAUGAGCGGCGUGCCGGGGCUGAAGGAGGACUGCGAGGAGCUGCUGGGCGCCUUCCAGCAGGCCGACACCGUCCGCUUCGAGCGCUUCGCCGAGCUGUGGCGGGAGCGCCGCUUCCACACCAUCUUCUAUGGUAAAAUGAGAGCUUUGGAGAGGAAUAAGAUCGCAGAGAAGACUCUAGAUCUGGCCCAGCAGUACUUCUUUCCCCCCUACUCCUUCCAGAUCCGAGUUGGUGCUCUGUACCUUCUCUAUGGGCUCUAUAAUGUCCAGCUUUGUCAGCCAAAACAAAAGAUCAGAAUUGCACUCAAGGAUUGGCCUGAAAUCCUGAAAUUUCAGCAGGAUCUGCUUGACUCCCAGCACUAUGAUGCAGCCUAUAUCUUCAGGAGGCUGCGACUUGCCAGAGCCUUCUAUUUCACAGCAAUGCCUAAGCUACUGACCUACAGAACUAAGAAGAAGAUUGAAGAAAAUUAUGUUAAAGAAGAAUUUAAGGACCCGAGUAACAGAGUAAACAGCCUCAUCACUAAUGAUGUAUUGGAGGAACUGAUGAAUAUUCACGACCACUACCAGAAAAUGAAGUGUGUCAUUUCAGCUGACAAAUCCCAGCCAGACAAGGCCCUGAGCUUGAUACAAGAUGACUUUGUGGUUAAUCUCAAAGACAUAACCUUGGAACAUCAGGAAUGGCAGAAGAACAGAGUGAAAUUACUCCGAAAUGGUAAAGUGACUCUUGAAACAGAAAACAAAAAGAAAGAAGAGACUUUUCUAGAACCAGAGGGUUCUGAAAGAGCAAAUGCCCUGGCCAGAAUCAAAUACAAGUCUUAUUCUGCAGUUGUUGAGGUUUCCAAAUCCAGGAGACAUCGUCCAAUGCAGUUGGAAUCCUCUGAAUCAGGGUCCCAUUGUGGGAAGUCUCCAAGUCGAAGUAAAAAAGCCAGCAGGACACCACAGCCAGCAAGGAGAGAUCCUUCAGAAGGUGAAAUGCAAGUGGCAAGGGAAACUCUGACUCGGCAUAUUGGGAUGCCAAUAAUCACAGAAGAGGACUCAGAUGAAGGAGAAGUAUCUCUCCCCAAGAGGAGAAGAUUAUGUUAGAGGAUCCAGCUGGAGAAGCACUUAUGUUAAUUUUAAAGAAAGUGAAAAUGUCAGAGGUGCUUGUUUUGGAUACCUUUGAACAUGAAAGAAGUGUCUGGGACCAGAAGCACAUGUGAUGCUGGAAUACUGAUAGUGAGUGGGAUACUGCAGGUCUCUUGUGGUGCCUCUGUUCACCUGCUGAAUGCUUGUGAGAGACUGAAGUUGCUGUGUCCUGGCUGAGCUGGCAAGAGAAGUCUCAGAAAAUAUUUGCCUGUGUAAGACAUGUCUAUAAUCCUUUAUCUCUGAACAUAAGGUUAUUGACUGUUGAAAAUUAAUGCAAUAAAUUAUUUUUCACGGUUGA